UAAAACAAGUGAACGAAGCGCCGACCGCACACAACCGAAACGUACACGUACGAGCGAAGACGCGCCUCACAUAUACCGAGUGUUCCACUUUCUACAUCACAAUGAACAAGUUUCUCGUGUUGCUGUGCUUUUGUUGUUACCUCAGUUCGGUCAACUCCUCGGCCAUCCCGAUGUGGGAGUUUUUGAGCAAAGAAGAGAAAAUGUCCUACUUGUACUCGAUGUUCGCCAAUCAGGUCGAUGAGUUCUGUGGCAAGUCGACCAUGGCCAACUGCAACAAGGAGUUGCUGAAGUACGGCCUUGGCAAGCUCAAGGACAUGCCGGAGGACCAUUUGGACGUGAUGGACCCGUACCAGAGGGGGGCGAACGAUAUAAUUUGGGACUCCAUGAUGGAAGGCCACGAGAUGAUGAAAACCACCAACCCCCGCCCCUCAACUACUACCAAACCCAACAGCUACGAAGACGAGUCGUUCGGGGAGUAUGGAGCCGCCUCCGCCAAAAUCGACAACGUAUACCGGGUGUCUCCACCCAAAGGUUUCGUCUAUACGAUCCAGUCCGGUACGCCCCUGUAUACUUACCCCACACAAAAUGUUGGCAAAAACGGAGCCUACACCAAAUUCCAACAGGCUUAUCCUACCACUACCGGGGCGCCUUUUGAAAUAAAAGUUUACCCCGACGGGAGGCCAGUACGAGAAGGGGCCAGUCAGGCCCCACACGAUGAGGAUUUACGGCAGUACCAGCUGUCCAAAGUAAAAAUCCCUAGCUUGUAAUCUGUUGUGAUAUGUGUGUAUUUAUUGUGUGUUUAUUUAUUGUUUUUAUUUAUUUAUUUUUGAUCAGUGUGAUCGUGGGGGUAUAGCCCUCUGACCCAUAUAUGGGUGGUUGCUCUUUGUACACUAUGUGAUUUAUUAGAAAUAGAUGUUUCACUUUUA